AUGCUGGAUAACGAAGUAACCAGAUACAUCAAGUCACUAGCGGACACCAUCCAGCUUUGCAUCUCAAACCAAAGGAUGACGAUUCAGGACUCAUUACAACCAACAUCGAGUGAUCUGGACGAGAUCUGGCGUUACAAUGAUAAGUUGCCCCCUACUUACGAUUUCUGCAUGCAUGAAAUGGUUGCCGAACGAGCACAGCAGUUUCCCGACAAGGUCGCGAUUUAUUCUUGGGAUGGCACCUUGACUUUUGGGCAAAUUGAUCAAUAUUCUACGUUCAUGGCACAAUCGCUUGUCGCAGAGGGUGUGCAGCCACAUGAUAUUGUACCAUUGUGCUUUGAGAAAUCACGAUGGGCGAUUGUGGCAGUACUGGCAACCAUGAAAGCAGGAGCGACCUUUGCGAUGAUGGACCCGUCACUUCCGCUUGCUCGUCUCCAAAACAUGGCUGUACAGAUUGGCGCGAAGGUGAUCGUUUCCUCGCGCAAUCAACACGGCUUUGCGAAAUCCAUCCUGCCGGAUGUACCACAUCUCAUUGUUGAAGAAGAUACUUUCAAGCAGACUUUUCCAAAACGUAUGAAUAAAUUGCCAUCGGUUGAUCCUGACACUCUGAUGUAUAUCAUCUUCACAUCCGGAAGCACUGGCACGCCGAAAGGUGUCACAAUCUCUCACAAGACAUACACCAGCAGCGCUAUCCCCAGAGCAAAAGCAGUCGGCUAUACAGAAAAGUCCAGAGUCCUCGACUUUGCAUCAUACGCCUUCGAUGUCAGCAUUGACAGUAUGUUCCUGACGGUAGGAAAUGGAGGCUGUCUUUGCAUUCCCUCUGAUGAAGAUCGCCUGAAUGACAUUAACGGCGUCAUCAGAGACAUGAAGAUCAAUUAUGCGGGCAUCACGCCUUCAAUGGCCCGAAUUUUGGAUCCGGAUGUCAUCAAAUCACUUGAUGUUUUGGGCCUUGGUGGAGAGGCAGCUUCCGCCAGAGAUGUCAACUUCUGGGGUCAAGACACCAGGAUCGUCAUCGGAUACGGUCCUUGUGAGUGCACUAUUGGAUGCACGAUCAACAGCGACACUGCCACUGGCAGAGACUAUAUUUCGAUUGGUACUGGAAACGGAGCUUGUAUGUGGAUUGUCAAUCCUGAUGACCAUGAGCAACUCAUGCCUGCUGGCGCCGUCGGCGAAUUGCUUGUCGAGGGCCCUAUCGUCGGACAAGGCUACCUGAAUGACCCCGAAAAGACGGCAACCGUAUUCAUUAACGAUCCCGCCUGGCUUGUCAAAGGCCACGACAAGUAUGCUGGACGCCGUGGCAGGUUAUACAAAACUGGAGAUCUCGGAAAGUACGAUCCUGACGGCUCUGGUGGCAUCAUUUUCGCUGGGCGCAAAGAUACCCAGGUCAAGCUUCGUGGCCAACGUGUCGAGCUGGGCGAGAUAGAAAGUCAGCUUGGUGCUAGACUUCCCUCUGGUACCACGGUGAUUGCUGAGGUCGUUGUGCCGCAAGGAACAGGAGGUCAAGCUACGUUGGUGGCCUUCGUUGCCCCUGUCACUUCGAAAGGACACGGACAAACAGACAUCAGCUCGAUCAAGCUUCCAGACGAGUUGCGCGAUGCACUUUCAAAAGCUGACGCCGAGGUGAANAAAGUUCUUCCUCGUUACAUGGUGCCCACUUCAUACGUUCCAGUCAACCACAUUCCAGUUUUGAUUUCCGGAAAAACUGAUCGCAAGCAACUCAAGGCUUUUGGAACCACAGUCGAUCUGAGGGACCUAGACCAAGGCUCCACUGACGCUGAUCGUGAGCUCAAUGACCCGGAAAAUCGUCUUCAGCAGGCCUGGAGUCAGGUAUUGAAUCUAGACGCUUCAAACAUCCGUCUCAAAGAUAAUUUCUUUGCCCUUGGCGGCGACUCUCUGGCAGCAAUGAGACUUGUGUCGACUUGUAGAGCACAAGGUCUUAUCUUGUCCGUCAUUGACACUUUUGGCAACCCGAAUCUCUCUGCGAUGGCCACUGUUGUCAAAAUUGGCGAUGCUCAAGCACAGAAGGAGAUACAGUCGUUCUCUACCAUUACACGCUCAGUCGAUGUUGCUCGUCUCGAAGCAGCGCAAGCUUGUCAGACGAAUGUUGAGAACAUCGAGGAUAUCUAUCCUUGCACUCCUACACAAGAGUCCCUCUUCACAUUCUCCCUCAAAUCUGUCGAGCUAUAUCUCGCUCAGAGAGUGGCGUCCAUACCUCAAGACAUGGACGUGAAUGCACUGAAGAGGGCUUGGGAGAAGGUCAUCGCUGCAAACCCUAUCCUUCGCACUCGUGCUGCCCAGCUCGAAGAGCCUGGACUCCAACAAGUCGUGCUAAAGGAGGGCAUCUCUUGGAGACAUGCCACCGACUUGAGGCAAUAUCUUGCAAGCGACAAGAAUGAGAGAAUGGAUCUUGGUCAAAAUCUGGCCCGCUAUGCCAUCAUCGAGACAGCCGAGGCUGACAAACGAUAUAUGGUUUGGAGUGUUCACCAUUUGCUUUAUGAUGGUUGGUCAGAGCCGCUCAUUCUCAAGCAAGUUAGCGAUGCUUUGCAAGAUCAGCCUAUUGAGAUUCCAGCUCGCAUGAGAGACUUUGUCGAAUAUGUCCGCGAGACAGACGAAAAGGCCAUGCAAGAGUUUUGGAGACAGGGGCUCAAGGGCGCCGUCGGACCCCAAUUCCCUCGCAUGCCAUCAAGAGACUUUGUCCCCACCCCCGAUGCUAUGGUUGAGCGUCUCAUACCUCUUGAUACUGGUGCUGGGUUCCCCUUCACACUGGCAACACUCAUUCGCGGCGCAUGGGCACUUGUGGCUUCACAAUAUUCAGGAAGUGAUGAUGUCUUGUUUGGCGAAACGCUGACUGGUCGUGAUAUUGCGCUUGCUGGAGUCGAGAGCAUCGUUGGUCCUCUGAUUGCUACAGUACCCAUCCGUGUCUGCAUCAACAGAACGAGCACGCUCGAAUCUUUCUUGCAUUCCGUGCAGCAGAGUAUAAUAGCUAGAACCCCUUACCAGCACAUGGGAUGGCAGAACAUCCGAAAGGUUAGCCAGGACGCUCAGCAUGCAUCGGAAGCACCUACUGGUCUGGUCAUCCAACCGGAGCCAGAGUAUGCGGGCAACGAUCUUGGCUUCCAGCUUGGAGAUGUUGUUCGUGAAGCACUCCACUUCAAUCCUUANCCCCUCAUGGUCGGAUGUGGUAUCCGAAAGGGCGGCUUCAGGGUCUGCGCCAACUUCGACAGCACCUUGAUUGAGGUCGCCCAGAUGGAGCGUAUACUUGCACAGCUCGAAGUCGCUUGUACGCAGUUGACGAAAGACCUCUCGAGACACGUCAGCGAGGUCAGCUGCCUAUCAGAGGCGGAGUUGGACCAGAUCUGGCAGUGGAACCAAACUCCACCCUUAGCUUACGACGAAUCGUCCAAACGUUUGGGUGCAGACACAAACAUGAAGCAGAGAUCUAUCUACCCUCCUGCGACUGUGGCAUGGGUGUGCGAUUCUCGUAACGCGUCUAACCUGGUGCCUGUCGGCUCUGUCGGUGAACUCUGCCUCGAAGGCAACUUCCUUCCUGGUGAGACCAUCGAAUCGCCAGCUUGGCUUCUAGCCGGAAGCUCGACUUAUCCCGGUCGCACUGGCAAAGUACAAGCCACAGGCGAUCUGGUUGAGCUACGUGGUGAUGGUGGCGUCGUCUUCGUGGCACGAAAGGACAACUUCCUGCCUAUCCAAGGCCAUUCGGUCGACUUUGCUGAUCUCGAAGCACAUAUUGCAAGAUACUUGCCACCUGCUACUCGUGGCGCUACCGCAGUGAUGCACUCGUCAUCAGAGGGAAACCAAGAGAUUGUUGUUCUCAUCGAUCAACAGCCAUCACUCGAAGACAGUGUCAACGUCCUGCUUGAGGACCACAAAGUGCUUGGAUCGGAAGUAACAAUUCGUGCCAGCAUUCCAGUCGAACUUGCUCUUGCGCUAAAGAGGCUCGACAAGUAUACUCACGACUCAUUGCCAUCUUAUGUCGCGCCAUCUGCAUACAUCGUGGUCGACAACUUGCCUACUGACAAGAGUGGACAAAUUGACCGCGAUAGGUUGAACAAGUUGGCCUCGGAAAUCCCGUCAGACGUCCUCAGUCAGCUUCGUCAUGGACUCGAGCAAGCCUGGUCGACAAAUACAGCUCAAACCAAGCUGACAGUACCCGAGGAUAUCCUCAGGACAGCUUGGGCCAAGAUCCUUCGCAUCAGUGCAGACAAAAUUGAUGUUGACGACAACUUCUUCCGCCUUGGUGGUGACUCAGUGUUGGCAAUGAAGCUAGUCUCUAGUCUUCGUUCUCAAGGACAUGCCUUGUCGGUAGCCGAUAUCUUCCAACACAUGCGUCUUGGCGAUGCUGCCAAGGUGAUGAAGCUGGACGUAUCAAAGGCUCAGAAAAAGAUUCAGCCAUACAAGCCAUUCUCUACCCUGGGUCUGUCAGAUAUCGAGACUUUCUUGUCCGAAGUUGUUAAACCCAAGCUUGCAGACCAGACUUGGACUGUACGCGACGUGCUUCCUGUGACUGAUACUCAAGCACUUGAUAUUGAGCAGACUGUCGCAUAUCCACGAACAUCGCUGCAAUACACCACCAUGAUCUUUGAUAAAAACAUCGACAGUGAGAGGUUGGUCGAUGCUUGCAGGCAGCUCGUCAAGACGCAUGAUAUCCUUCGCACUGUCUUCAUCCAGCACAAUUCGACUUUCUACCAAGUCGUGGUAGAGAAUCUGGAUGUGGUCUUCAGCAAGCAAGUUGCGGGUGAGAUAGAGGAGGACUUCCAAGGCAUGUGUCUUGAGGAUACCUAUGAGGAGCUCGCGCUGGGUAGUGCUUUUGCUUCCAUAUCGCACAUGAAGAGCGACAAUGGGGAAGAGGGUCUCACUUUCCGUUUGUCGCAUGCUCAAUAUGAUGGUGUGACGUUGCCAGCACUUCUCGCUGAUCUCGAGACGUUGUACAACGGUGGCAAGAUUACCAGUGAGCCUUUCGCGACUUACAUUUCUGCCAUAUUGGAACCUUCCUUGCGGGAGAAGGCUCUAAUGUACUGGAAAGUAUUACUUUCUGGCUCUUCAUUAUCAUCGUUAGGCUUCUCAGCCCAAGACAACGAGAAAGGCUUGUUCAGAUCUGCCCCGGUCGACAUGACAAACAAGCCUUCCGACGUGACUACCGCCAACAUCCUCACGGCAGCAUGGUCACUCGUUCUUGCUCGACGCCUUCGCACCACCGACGUCGUUUUCGGCGCUGUAACCUCCGGCCGCAACAUCGACAACCUGGCAAAUGCAGACACCAUUAUGGGCCCCUGCUACCAAUUCACCCCUGUCCGCGUCUGUCUUUCUGCUUCCCAAGACACUGCUACUUUACUCCGUUCCAUUGCCACUCAAGUCGCCGAAUCCAGCUCUUACGACUUUGUAGGCUAUUCUGCUAUCGCAGGCGCUGUGGGCUGGAAUGCGAACUCCGGUUUCGACAGCUUGGUGCAUCAUCAAGACGAUGAAGAUGAUGUUGAUACCAUGCCUUUUGCUGGCGGCGUUUGUCGUGUUGGUUUGAUCAAGCCGCAUGGAGAUUCGUCUCGGCCGUUCAAAGUUGUGAGUUUUGUCAAGAGUGGGGAGACGUUUGUUGGUAUUGUUGGUGCUGAGAGGGCAGAGGUUGUUAUUGGUGAAGUACUUGGUGAGUUGGUAGACGCUGUCGGCGAGAUAAUCAGAGGCGGUGAGGUGAACAUCUGA